AUGAGUGCAGCAGCAGCAGCAGCAGGGGAGGACUCUUCUUCGCGGCGUCGCCGCCGGGGUUGGGACGACGACGGGGUGGCUGGGGCCCCCGGGGCCCCCCCCGGGGCCCCCUGCGGGGGCCCCCCGGGGGCCCCCGGGGGCCCCCCCGGGGCCCCGCUGUACGGGGCCCCCGAGGAGGCCCCUGCGGCGCGGCGGCGGCGAGCUGGGGGCUGGAGCGAGGAGGGUUGCGUGGAUUCUUCCUCGGGUUUCAGCGGUUCCGCGGGCGCGGCGUGCAGCAGCAGCAGCACGGCAGCAGCAGCAGCAGCAGCAGCAGCAGCAGCAGCAGCAGCAGUGAACGCCCCGAACGGCCCCUGCGGCCCCACAGGAGGCCCCGAGCCCCCCGACGGCAUUAACCCCUUCAACGGCCGCCCCUUCACUGACAGGUACUACAGAAUUCUGGAGGGGCGGAAGCAGCUGCCGGCGUGGCGGAGCCAAAAGCACUUUUUGAAGUUGGUGGCUAAAAACCGCUUUGUGAUCCUCGUGGGCGAAACUGGCAGCGGCAAAACCACGCAAAUGACGCAGUUCAUGCUGCAUGCGGGGCUGCAUGCAGGCCGCUGCAUUGCAUGCACGCAGCCCCGGAGAGUGGCGGCCAUGUCAGUGGCGCAGAGAGUGGCUGAAGAACUCGAUGUCAGUCUCGGACAAGAAGUGGGAUAUACCAUUCGCUUCGAAGACCGCAGCUGCAGCAGCACCAUUCUUCGCUACUUGACUGACGGCAUGUUGCUGCGGGAGGCGAUGGCCGACCCGCUGCUGGAGCGCUACAGCGCCGUGCUGCUGGACGAGGCCCACGAGCGCACAGUGGCUACGGACUUGUUGUUUGGCCUUUUGAAAGAAGUUGUUGGCAGCAGAAAAGACCUCAAAGUGGUGGUUAUGAGUGCCACUUUAGACGCGGAAAAGUUCCAAAAGUACUUCGACGGGGCCCCCAUUUUGAACGUCCCGGGACGCAUGCACCCCGUCGAGAUCUUCUACACUCCCAAACCCGAAAAAAACUACCUCGAGGCCUGCAUCCGCACCGCCCUGCAG